AGCUCCUUCCAGAAGGCCCUGGAGUGCUUUGAGAAGGCCCUGCGCUACGCUCACAGCAACGACGACAAGAUGUUGGAAUGCCGGGCGUGCUGCAGUCUGGGGAACUUCUACAUCCAGCUCAAAGACUACGAGAAGGCACUCUUCUUUCCCUGUAAGGGGGCCGAAUUGGUCAGCGAUUAUGGCAAGACGUGGAGCUUGAAAUAUAAAGCCAUGAGCCAAUAUCACAUGGCAGUGGCAUACCGUAAACUGGCACGUUUAGAGGAUGCCAUGGAAUGCUGUGAGGAAUCGAUGAAGAUUGCCAUACAGCACCGGGACCGACCUCUGCAGGCCCUCUGCCUGCUCUGCUUUGCUGACAUCCAUCGACAUCACGCUGACACUCUG